GAAAGACUUGACGGAUGCAAAACAAGAUGUUUGUACAUUUUACUCCGUGGUCCGGUAGAUCUACCACAUGUGUAUGUUUCCAAAUGUCUGAAAUAGGUUCACCUGAAUGCAAGUUGGGCCGCAAAGAAUAUUGGGAUGAAUUUUAUGCUCAAGAACUGCAAAAUUUCCAAGAAUUUGGUGACACUGGUGAUAUAUGGUUUGGCAAAAUAAAUUUGGAACGUAUUGUUGACUGGUUAUUGCAGAGUAAAAUAAAUAAAUCCUCUCCUGUGCUUGAUAUUGGUUGUGGAAAUGGAAUGACCUUAAUAUCAUUGGCUAAAGUUGGAUUUGAAGAUCUGACUGGAGUAGACUAUGCUGUUGAAGCCAUAGAACUUGCAAAAUGCGUUGCUAAAAAUAAUAAUGUUGAUAUAAAGUUAAAGGCAUUAGAUUUUCUUAAUUCUUCAGAAUCAUCCAAUUCAGGCAUCUUAAACCAGACUUUUGAUAUUAUAAUUGACAAAGGAACUUAUGAUGCAGUUUGUCUUAAUCCUGCCAAUGCAACAGAGAAGAGACAACAAUACCUGAAACAAGUACAGCAACUUUUAUCUACUGAAGGCUAUUUUCUUCUCUUUUCUUGCAACUGGACCAAAGAGGAAUUACUAUCCAAUUUUAUUGGUUUCAAGCUGUACGAUGAAAUUAAAAUACCUAGUAUAGGAUUUGGUGGAAAAACUGGCCAGACAGUCACAGCCCUUGUAAUGAAGAAAGAUGACCAGAUUUUAUAAUAUUCUUUGUCACUAUUAUUACUUUCUGCUGAUAUUUUUUAAUAAAUCAUUUGAUUUCAUUUAUAACA